CCACAAGGGAAGCACCACGUACACUACUACAAUAGGUUUAAUUUAGAUCUUCUCGUGGUGAAUCUUUUAGAACCUGACAGAGUGACACUAAGAACAUGGUUAUGAAUUUAUCGCCAUGAUGACUUCUUAUUGCCUCUUGACUGUGUCAGAUCUAUAAAUUAUGCAAGCUAGUACAAGACUUGAUUUCCCUGGCGAGCACUCCUAAUGGAUGGUGUCAUAUCAUGAUAAACCCCUGCAUAUUGAGAUGUUCAUUCUUUGCCGUCAGUCAACUCUAAAACACUGUCGACGUAUAUGACAUUCAUAGCUUUUUCUACAUUGUUUUCUAUUCGAAGCGUGAAAAGUUCUCAAUUUUUUGUCCGCUGCUAUUACCGAUACUUCAGGAUAUCCUUUGAAUUUUAACUAUGGCAAUCUAUAAGGCCUAUGUAUGAGAAGCUCUCCUGUCUCUGUAUACUGGUUUGGACUAUCCAAUGCUAGGCAGUUGUUGAUAACAUGUUACUCAUAGCCUCUCUUUUCAAUAUAUGAUAUUUGCUGUUCAUUCUAACAGCAAGCUCACCUCAUGGCUUUCCACCAUAUGUAUUUUAUGGUGUGCAUCACUUAUUUGUAUGCUCUCUUCUUCACAACUGUACACACAGAGGCAGCAAGCACAGACACGAACGAAAUCGAAACGUUGCGGAUAAUUUUACAGAAGCUGGGUAAAAGAGAUUGGAACUUUACCGGAGAUCCCUGUCUAAACUUUCAAGAAUUCCGUUGUGAUUAUUGUGACAAGAAUAAUAAUGUUUGUCAUGUUACCAACAUAACACUUCCAGGCCUAAAUCUGAAUGGAGUGCUUCCACCAGAACUAGCCAAUCUAUCACAUCUUGUGGGACUGGAUAUCUCGGACAACUAUCUCAUUGGCUCAAUACCUAAAGAAUUUGGUUCCAUGCGCGCCUUGAGAAAUUUAACUCUCUCAGAAAAUCUCUUGUUUGGUCCUAUUCCAGAGGAGCUCGGAAAUCUUGCAAGCUUAGUUGAAUUAAGCCUUUAUUCCAAUAAUCUUAAUGGUACGCUUCCUCAAGAGAUUGGGAAUUUGGCAGCACUGCGGAAUAUGUAUUUAUCUUCAAAUCAAUUCGUUGGAGAGAUACCUCCAACAUUAGUCAAGCUACAGAAUCUGACAGAAUUUUUUGCAUCUAGCAAUGGUUUCACGGGUGAAAUACCAAAUUUUAUUGGGAAGUUGAUCAAGCUUGAAAAAUUGAUACUUCAAGGAACUUCUUUGAAGGGACCAAUUCCUUCAUCUAUUAAUAAUUUAAUUAAAAUGAAAUAUUUGAGGAUAAGCGAUAUAGCUGAAGGUGGUUCAAAUUUGGACUUUAUAAAAAGUCUCAUAAAUCUGAGGGAAAUAGUUCUAAGAAACAGCAACAUCACUGCAAAGAUUCCAGACAUAAGUGAAUUGACAAAAUUGGAAGCUCUGGAUUUGAGUUUUAACAAUUUAUAUGGAGACAUUCCAGAUUCUCUCAAUAGCAUUCCAAGUUUACGAUUUCUACUUCUUGGGAACAAUAAUUUGUCAGGUCCAGUGAAUCCUUGGUUGUUUUCAAACAAUGCAAUAAUAGACUUAUCUUAUAAUAAUUUAACAGGGGAUAUUCCAUCAGGGUUUAUAAGUGAAAAUUCAAGAGUGAAUUUGAUUGGUAAUCUUUUGAAUAGUAAAUCCCCUAAUGAUCACAGUUGGAUCACUUGUCUCCAAAGAAAUUCCAUCUGCAAUAAACAACCAUCAAAUUAUCAUUUGGCUAUUAACUGUGGAGGACAAGAACUAAAAUCCUCUGUCCAUGGACUUCCUUUUGACAGUGAUUUUGAGGAACUGGGUGACUCAACAUUCUAUCUGAGUCCUGAAAAAAAUUGGGGUGUUAGUAAUAUAGGUUAUUUUAUGGAACAUUAUACAGAAUACAAGCCUGAGUUUGAGACCCCACAUAUAGUUAAGGGCAACAGCCCACCUAACUCCAUUGAUCCACAACUGUAUAACUCAGCACGUACUUCUCCUUCCUCUCUGAGAUACUAUGGCUUGGAUCUCCAAAAUGGCCUAUACAAUGUAACACUCCACUUUGCAGAGAUACAGUUUCCAGCUACCCAAAAUUCAAACAGAGUCCGGAUAUUUGAUGUCUAUAUUCAGGGCAAAAAUAUGUUGAAAGAUUUUAAUCUAAAGGAGGAAAUUGUAGAAAAAAAUCUUCUUGUUGUCAAGAACUUCACUAUCAAUGUCACAAAUAAUAUCCUAGAGAUACACUUUUUUUGGGCCGGUAAAGGAACAUGUUGCGAGUCACAAGAAGAAAUCUAUGGACCUUUGAUAUCAGCUAUAAUAGUUGAUCCUGAAUUCAAGUACUAUAUUCCCAAGAACAGUAAAACUAUUAAAAUGGCUAUAAUAAUUGGAGUACUGGUGAGUCUGGGCCUUUUUCUAUGUAUUUCUCUAAUCUUUAUCAAGAAGACAAAAACGUGGGAUAACAUAUUCUACUUUGCUAGGCGGGACAAAGCCAAAUCAAAGAAAACGACAGGCAAUCAUUUCAACCUAAUGUUGAUGAAAAUUGCAACAAAAAACUUUGAUCCUAAAAAUAAGAUUGGAGAGGGUGGAUUUGGUGCAGUUUACAAGGGCAUACUACCAGGUGGAAGAAAAGUAGCAAUAAAGCAAUUUUCACACUCGUCCAAACAAGGGAAUCGCGAAUUUCUGACUGAAGUAAGCAUAAUAUCUGCAGUGCAACAUCCAAAUCUUGUUAAACUUUAUGGUUGUUGUGUAGAAGGAGGAGAGCUUCUCCUAGUAUACGAAUACAUGGAAAAUGGCAACCUUGCUCAAGCAUUAUUUGAUCCUUUUGAGGCUAGGGUCAAGCUAGAUUGGCCCACCCGGUACAGAAUUUGUCUAGGAAUUGCACGAGGGAUUGCAUAUCUUCAUGAGGAGUCACUUGUAAAAAUUGUGCAUAGAGACAUCAAAUCUACAAAUAUUCUUCUAGAUAAACAUUUAAAUCCCAAAGUGGCAGAUUUUGGUUUGGCUAGGCUCGUUGAUGAGGAAAGUACUCAUGUCAGCACAAGAGUUGCUGGAACCAUUGGUUAUCUGGCUCCAGAAUAUGCUUUGAAGGGGCAUCUCUCAGACAAGUCAGAUGUUUACAGCUUUGGAGUAGUUGUGCUUGAAGUUGUGAGUGGCAGAACUCACACAGACAUGAGCUUGGAAGAAGAAAAAAAUUAUCUUCUUGAAUGGGCAUGGCAAUUAUAUGAGGAAGAGAAGACUCUUAAGUUGGUAGAUGUGAACCUGUUGCAAUCAGGAUACAAUGAAGAAGAGGUGGUAAGAAUGAUUCAUGUGGGGCUAUUGUGCACCCAUGAGAAUCCUUGUGCAAGACCUUGUAUGUCUGCAAUUCUUGAAAUGAUGGAGGGUAGAGCGCCAACACCUGCCCCACGGUCUCAACCAGUGCAUCUCAACCAGUGCCAAAAUUGGGAGCUGGACACUGGAGGGCACCAUGAUCAGGCACAAUCUUCAGCAACAAGCCAGAGCUCAGACUCCAACUACAAAGGAUCUUGGAAGGACAUCCCUUAAGUGUUGAAAAGAAAAGCUUCAAAGUUAAAUAAGAAAUGUGGCUUCUGCCAGUACUGUAAUGUCCUUUUACUUUGAAAGAAAUUGACCAACACUCAGCAAACACCCCUCAUAUAUCUACCGUAGAAUCUUAAGGGGAACAAAAGAGAUUAAAUGUUUUUCUCAAAUAAGACAAGCUACAUCAGCCACACUGGAAGACAAAAGAUACUAGAAGACAGAAUAAAGGGAUACAUAUUUUAUCAAAUAAUAUUAAGAAAUAAUCGAUUGGUUUUGAAGGGGCAGCAAUUUCAUAAAGCAUGCAAAAGAAAAUUAAUUAAGAGUUCCCUUACAGCGAUUAAUAAAGGUAACUCCAAGGUAGCGAUUAUUUGUGAAAAGGUGUAUCCCUUGCAAAAGCAAUAGUCUUAAUGAAAGGGUGUGACCCCUUCUCAUUUGAUGAUAUAAGAGUAAGAACAAAUCCCAUGGGAAAGGACACUGAAGGAUCAAGUGGAAAUCGAAUAAGAAUUCUGAUUCUGAGUUUUAUUAUGAAAAAGUGCAGUCAUCUAUAAUAUUUUGAAAGGUGAUUAGUAUGCAA